AUGUCGAGAGCGACGCCUGGGGCUGUCGCCGCUCUCCCGCCGGCGGCAAGUGCGGCGCCUUCCUUGUUCGCCAUUCCCCCGGACCUUGCGCCUUCAGAUCUUCCUGACCACUACUUGGGUCAAGAAGAGUUGAUCCGCAUCGACAAACAAAUGGAUAGACUGUUCAAAUGUGAAAAACUCGAAGAGGAAGAAGUCCGCAAGCUCUGCUCCGUUUUAAAGGAAAUUCUCGUUCAAGAGGCGAACGUUCAGCCUGUCCGGACGCCGGUGACCGUCGUGGGCGAUAUUCACGGACAGUUCCAUGAUCUUCUCGAAAUCUUCAAAUGCGCCGGCACUUGCCCGUCCGUGAACUUCCUCUUCCUCGGAGACUACGUCGAUCGCGGCCUCAACUCCGUCGAGUCCGUCAGCCUGGUCUUUCUUUUAAAGGUCCGGUAUCGACACCGAGUUACGCUGAUUCGCGGAAACCACGAAAGUCGACAGAUCACUCAGGUGUACGGAUUCUAUGACGAAUGCCUGCGCAAAUACGGAAAUGCAAAUGUGUGGAGCUACUUCACUGAUGUCUUCGACUACCUCCCGUUGAGUGCUUUGAUCGAAGACCAGAUUUUCUGUCCGCAUGCUGGCCUGUCUCCCACGAUUGAGACUCUCGAUCACGUUCGUCUUCUUGAAAGGUUCCAAGAAGUCCCCCACGAAGGCCCAAUGUGUGAUCUCCUGUGGUCAGACCCUGAAGAGCAAAUGCCCGGCUGGGGCAUGUCGCCGCGAGGAGCUGGCUACACGUUCGGCCAAGACAUCUCGGAGAAGUUUAACCACGUCAACGGCUUGAAACUCAUCGCCCGAGCGCACCAACUGAUCAUGGAGGGAUUUCAGUGGUCACAAGCAAACAACGUGGUGACAAUCUUCUCGGCGCCCAAUUACUGCUACCGGUGUGGCAACCAGGCGGCUAUAAUGAAGAUUGACGAGCACAUGAACUACACCUUCAUCCAGUUCAACCCCUCGCUGCUUCAAGCCUCCGGCGCUGACGUGCAGAAACGCAUUCCAGAUUAUUUCCUGUGA